CGUGGAUUGGUUGGUGGGCGGACGCAUAAUCCAACGUCAAGCAAUUGUCGGCGCGGCGUCGGGACCAUGGCCCACGAGGACAAGAAAGAGCACCCCGUGGUGGAGGAGCAUCAAUUGCAAACUGGAUGGAGUUUGUGGUUUGACAAGAAGAUGCCCAAACGGACCGAUGUGAGCACAUACCAAUCCAACUUGCAAAAGAUCGCCAACUUCAACACGGUCGAAGACUUUUGGCGUCACUACAUUCACGUGAAGCGCCCGUCGCAACUGGCCAAGGACACCAACUUGUACUUGUUUCGCGACCAGCCCAACUGCGCGCCCAUGUGGGAGGCGUUCCCGAACGGCGGGUGCUGGAUCUUGAAGAUCAAGAAGAAGGCCAACGUGCUCGGGAAGAUGUGGCAAGAUUUGCUCUUUGCCGUGAUCGGCGAAGCGUUUGAAACGUUGAACGUGGUUGGGAUUGCCAUGGCUCUGCGAUCCAAAGAAGACAUGAUCUCGGUCUGGAAUGCGGACAAUUCGGACGACAACAUUCGGUUCGCCAUUGGGGAAAAGCUCAAGGAGAUUCUCAUGCUCGACUCCAACACGUUGAUCGAGUACAAGUUUCACGCCAACUCGAUCCGUGACAUGUCGACGUUCCGCAAUGCCAAGCCGUACGUGUUUGCUGCUUCGCCGUCCCCUUAAGAAGACAGAGCGGUCCAAACUGGAGCAAAAGCGAUCCAAAUCCUUCGCCACUCACAAGUGUAGUUAAGGUGUGUGCCGCCACGCGCAGGGUAGCCUUGGGCCCCGUAGAGAUAAAAAAGAUCACCUGAACAACCAUCGAACGUGUCAGAUCGAAUCUUGGUCUGUGUACUUGAAUC